AUGACAGUGCUGAGCAUCCGCGGCGCCCAGGAGGAGGAGCCUCCGGACCCCCAGCUCAUGCGCCUAGACAACAUGCUGCUGGCAGAGGGUGUGUCCGGUCCAGAGAAAGGCGGGGGCUCUGCGGCUGCGGCAGCUGCGGCAGCCGCCUCAGGCGGGGCUGGUGCUGACAACUCGGCCGAGCACUCCGACUACAGGGCUAAACUGUCCCAGAUCAGACAGAUCUACCACACCGAGCUGGAGAAGUACGAGCAGGCCUGCAACGAGUUCACCACCCAUGUGAUGAACCUGCUGCGGGAGCAAUCGCGCACACGGCCCAUUUCACCCAAAGAGAUCGAGCGCAUGGUGGGCAUUAUCCACCGCAAGUUCAGCUCCAUCCAGAUGCAGCUAAAACAGAGCACGUGUGAGGCAGUCAUGAUCCUACGCUCACGCUUCCUGGAUGCCAGACGGAAGAGACGAAACUUCAACAAACAAGCAACAGAGAUCCUGAAUGAAUACUUCUACUCACACCUCAGUAACCCAUACCCUAGUGAGGAGGCUAAAGAAGAGCUGGCAAAGAAGUGUGCCAUUACUGUGGCCCAGGUUUCCAACUGGUUUGGGAAUAAAAGAAUCAGAUACAAGAAAAACAUUGGUAAGUUCCAAGAAGAAGCCAACAUGUAUGCAGCGAGAACUGCUGUGAAUGCGGCUAAUGCAUCCGCACACGGAAGCCAAGCAAAUUCACCCGCCACUCCAAACUCUGCAGGUUCUGCUGGCUCUUUUAAUAUGUCAAACUCCGGGGACUUGUUCAUGAGCGUGCAGUCACUCAACGGGGACUCAUACCAAGGGGCUCAGGUGGGAGCAAACGUGCAGUCGCAGGUGGAUACCCUUCGCCAUGUUAUCAGUCAGACAGGCGGAUACAGUGAAGGACUCACAGCCAACCAAAUGUACAGUCCGCAGGGCAUCAACGCAAAUGGAGGCUGGCAGGAUGCCCCGACCCCCUCAUCGGUGACGUCACCCACAGAAGGACCUGGAAGCGUUCACUCAGACACUUCCAACUGA